AUGGCGGACCGGAACGGCUCAAACCAGGAUAUUCUACUGCCCCCUAUGAUGACCCAGAACUCAAUGUGGGGCACGAACGCCGCUGCAAGACGGGCGAGCGCAGAGCUGCCUUUCGCACAGCCCCGCCGCUCCUCGACCACGACCUCUCUCCCCCCCGAUGUCGCCUACUCACGCAAGACCCGCAUAAACCGCGAUAUACUCUCGUUCUUCCAGAGCCCGCACCCCCCGAACAGCACUGGCCCGCCCUGUGUUAGGGGCAUCGGUGUUUACACCCAUGCUGAAGUCACAGCGCCGGCUCAGAAACCACUCUACCCGCACCAGCGCUUCGCAGCCCCGGAAACGAAGACUGGGUUUUUACCCGCCGGUGGACCGUCCAGGACGGAGCGGAGGAGAGCUAUGGUGGGUGAUCUACCGGACGAGGUCAGGCAGGUGUAUGGGGAACUGAAGAGGGCGCUUGAUGAUGAGGAGAAGUAUGCGGCCACACAUGCGGGGUAUGACCCCAGAGAGCGGUUUGACGUGUUGGGCGUGCCGGAGGAUGGUGUGAAAGGCAGAAAUGCAGAUGGAGAUACAGAUAUGGGCGGUAUGGACGGAAAAUCGAGCCUAGUUGAGGGAAGAGAAGGCCUACAUGGGGAGGGCAGGGUGGAGGAGCGAGGAGGCAGUCUGCUUCCAGUGCAGGCAGAGAAGGAGCUGUGA